CCCGACGCGCAAGCCUUUUGGAUCCCACGAGUCUAUAUCAGACUUUUGCUACGAGACGCAAGUCAAGACGGAUUCCGGCACUGCAAUCAAAUCCCGCCACUGCGUCAUUUGGAAGAUUUGGACAUCCGAAACGUUCGCGUUCCGACGCUUCCAUGUCUUGUCUGGUCAUGAUUUCAGCCUCGUUGGUUGGGAUGAUAGAUGUUUGCCCCGUGCUGCAUCUUGUAGGAUCGGUGUGAGUACCACCCGCGAUAUUCUUAGGCGUAUCACUGCGCUCUUUUUGUCCAACUACUACAAGACUGGAUCAGCAUUUCUUCGACUUGCCUUGUUCACCCCUAUCCUUCCCCAUCUGUAGUCUGCAAGCAUGAGGAACUACUCUCCUUGUUACCUUGCUGUUGGUGGCGCAUUGCUCCUUCCGGCAUCAGCCAGAGUGCUGCAGCCGGAAGAGCAAUUAGCUGCCUUGGUCGCUCGAGCGUUCCCAGCCAACGCUCCCAAUGGCUACACACCACAGGUUCGGUCGUGCCCAAGCGACAUUUCCAUUAGACCUGCCUCGGAUCUUUCGACGAACGAAACCGAAUGGCUGGAAAAGCGAAGAGCAGCCACAAUCGACCCGAUGCGAGAUCUACUCGGACGACUGAACAUAACUGGGUUCGACAGUAACCAGUAUAUCGACAACAAUCGCGGCAACACGAGCGCGUUGCCGAACAUUGGAAUCGCAGCGUCAGGAGGUGGAUACAGAGCUAUGCUGAAUGGAGCAGGUCUCAUUCAGGCAUUCGAUAGUCGUACUCCCAAUAGCACAAACGCUGGGCAGUUGGGAGGUCUGCUGCAGGCAACAACAUAUCUUUCCGGUCUUUCUGGUGGCAGUUGGCUGGUGAGCUCGCUCUACGCCAACAAUUUCACGUCUGUGGACGCCAUCAUCACUGCCGACAGUGACAGUGACAAUCUCUGGCAGCUUCAAAACUCCAUCUUUGACGGUCCCGAUACGGGCGGCAUACAACUACUGGACAGUCUCGGAUACUACAAGACGCUCGUGGACCUAGUGGACGACAAGGAAAACGCUGGAUUCAACACGACUAUUACGGACUAUUGGGGAAGGGCUUUGAGUUAUCAAUUGAUCAACGCGACCGAUGGUGGUCCGGCGUACACGUUUUCGUCUAUCGCUCAGCAAGAGUUCUUCACCAACGGGAGUGUACCUCUUCCCUUGGUUGUCGCCGACAGCCGUGCCCCUGGUCAGAAGGUCGUGUCUACUAACUCGACCGUCUUUACGUUCUCUCCUUGGGAGCUUGGUAGUGAUGAUCCUUCCUUGUAUGCCUUCGCGCCUCUCCAGUACGUGGGCACGAACUUCACCGAUGGCUCGCCGCGAAACAACGACGAGUGCGUGGUGGGCUACGACAAUCUUGGCUUCGUGUUCGGAACCAGCUCGUCGCUGUUCAAUGCGGCCCUGACCACGCUCAGUGGACAGAACGGUAACGGAGCCUUCUCCAGCCUCGUUGUGGACGCGCUCAAAGGCGUCCUUGAAAAGAUUAGCUCUUCUGAAGAAGACAUCGCCGACUGGGUGAAUCCUUUCUUCGGCUACAACAACAAAACAUACAAGGGUUCCAGCGACAUGAUGUUGACGCUCGUGGAUGGUGGUGAGGACGGGCAGAACAUCCCGCUGCAUCCUCUCAUCCAACCCAACCGAAAUGUCGAUGUUAUCUUCGCGAUUGAUUCUUCUGCGGACACGAACGAGACUUGGCCCACUGCCAAUUCGGCCACCGGCUGGCCUAACGGAGUAUCGAUAGUGACCACAUACGAGCGCAGCCUUUCAGAGAUCGGAAAUAAUACUGCAUUUCCCGCAGUACCCGACAUCAACACAUUCAUGAACCUGGGCCUCAACAAUAAACCCACCUUCUUCGGUUGCGAUGCGGGAAAUCUUACUGGCCCAGCGCCACUGGUCGUAUACAUGCCUAACUCACCAUAUACCUACGCAAGCAAUACCAGCACUUUCAUGCUGAAGUACAACAUGACUAAACGCGACGGCCUGAUCUUGAACGCCUACAACGGCGCGACCCAAGGCAACGGGACGAUUGAUAGCGAGUGGCCAGCCUGUGUUGGAUGUGCGAUUUUGAGCCGCAGCUUCGAUCGCACGGGCACAACCGUUCCGGACGCUUGCAAGCAGUGCUUCCAGCGAUACUGCUGGGAUGGUACGGUCAACAGCACCGCGCCGGGCGAUUACAUCCCGGAAUUCAAGGUCGCUGGGGCCUCUACUGCUAACAGUGGUGGAAAGAAUGGUGCUAAGAAGGGUGCUGCUGGAAAGCUCGGAGUCAGUGUACUGGCAGCCCUGGGUACGGCUGUUGUUGCGGGUAUGGUGGUUUUGUGA